AUGGACUUCUCGCGUCUCCAAAGCCUGCAAUUCGAGCUGAAUUCAACGAACGCCACAGCUACGAGCCUCCCAUCUACACUACUUGAACUUGUAGUUCCUGGGUACAGCACAAUCUCUCAGCUCGCCUUUCGCCUACUGGGUAUUGAUAUUGGGGUUCUUGUGACUGGAUGGGCACUGGUCUUCGGCUGUCAUACAGCUUGGCGAUAUCUCUACGACUUGGUGAUCGGGUACUUUGACGAAUACUACUCUUCGUCUAUUCAAAUUGAUAAUGACGAUUGCUUAUUCGACGACGUCAAGGCCUGGCUAUCUGAGCAGCAAACGAAGAAGCCUGGCAGGAAGCUGAAAGCGGUCACUAACUACGACGACAACAACAAAGAUGAAAAUGCACAUGACGAGCAGGGCAUCUACAAGUACGAAGUUCCAAUGCCGCGAUAUGAACCAAGUUAUGGCAGUGACGACUUCUAUCACGAAGGGCGACACUUCAAGGUUGUUCGCUCAACUAUGAAAGACGAAACGGGCCAGUACCAAAAAGAAACGCUGGAGGUUUACUGUUAUGCCCGAACCGCACAGCCGGUCAAAGACCUAUUGGCCCACAUCAGGCUUUGGAAGAUCGGCCAGGAGGUGGCCAUGACAAGCGUCAACCGCGCGGUGAGCAACGGCGGCCGCUACUGGAGUCGACAAUCUUGCCGCCCUUCACGUCCAAUGCACACAGUAUCUCUCGAUCAACAGCAGAAGGAUGAUAUUGUAGCCGACAUCAACGAGUAUCUCCACCCCGCAACCGCGAGAUGGUAUGCGGCACGUGGUAUUCCGCAUCGACGAGGGUACUUGUUCCAUGGACCACCCGGUACAGGCAAGACCUCGUUAUCAUUUGCACUCGCAGGAGUUUUCGGAUUAGAAGUGUACUGUCUCUCGCUGAACGACAAGGACCUGACUGAGUCCGAGCUCUGCUCUCUCUUCGACUCUCUUCCAGACCGCUGCAUCGUACUCCUUGAGGACAUUGACAGCGCCGGUCUCAAACGCGAAGAGGAACCUGUUGUCGCGGAGGUAAAAGAUGACAGCACCCCUGACGCAGGGUCGAGCACCAAGCCCGCCGCGAAGUCCGAGACUGCUUCAACGCACAUCAGCCUGAGCGCACUACUCAACGUCAUCGAUGGCGCAGCCGCGCACGAGGGCCAUGUUCUGAUCAUGACAACCAACACACCAGAGCAACUCGAUGCUGCCUUGAUCAGGCCCGGGCGUGUGGAUCUCCAGGUUGCCUUCACCCUUGCCACCCGCGAUCAGAUUCACGAGACCUUCAUGCGCAUGUACAGCACCACAUCAGAGGAGCAAGCAAAGGGUGGACUUCUACCGAACAAGAAGUCCCGAUCCGUCUCGAAGGUUACAGAUCCUGAGGAGCUUAAGGACAUGGCGGAGAAGUUCACAGCGCAACUGCCUGCGGACAGUCUCUCACCAGCUGAGAUACAAGGAUAUUUGUUGAUGAGGAAGAAGGACCCACAGAGAGCGCUCGACGAUCUCGAGAGGUGGAGGGAUGACUUGAUGGAGUCGAAGAAAAAGGGGAAAAAGCUUGUGGGCGCUCAGUAG